AUGACAAGACAGGCUGAUAAAACAUGUCAAAAAUACGACAUUGUUAUUGCAAGUACAACUGAGGGUGCUGCAACGCAACUGACAAAUGCUUUGAAGAGGAAGUAUGCUUUGGAGCUUCUCACAUCUGUUGGAAUGUUGGCUUGUAAACCUGUCUCUACUCCUAUGGUUCCAAAUCUAAAACUUUCAAAGACAGAUGUAGACUUAUUGGAGAAUCGAGAGAUGUAUCGAAGCCUUGUUGGUCGGCUGAUGUAUUUAACUAUCACACGUCCGAAUAUUACUUUUGCAGUGAACAAGUUGUGUCAAUUCUCCUCAGUUAUGAGAUCCUCUCAUCUCAUUGCCGUUUACAGAGUUCUACAAUACAUUAAGGGAACUGUUGGUCAAGGCCUCUUCUACUAUGUAGAUUCUGAUCUCACCUUAAAAGGUUAUGCAGAUGCGGAUUAUGGUUCUUGUAAAGAUAGUAGACGGUCUACAACAGGUUUCUCCAUGGUUUUGGGGUCUUCUAUUAUUUCAUGGUGCUCUAAGAAACAGCCAACUGUUUCUCGCUCUUCUGCAGAGGCAGAAUAA